AUGGGUGAAGUCGCCACCAAUCCGUCGCCAUUCGGCCGCAAGCUGCGCAAGGACUUUCUCUUCGAUGACGACUACAUCAACAUCAACCAUGGCUCAUUCGGCACCUAUCCCAAGCCGGUGCAAGACGAGAUCCGGCGGUGGCAGUCGCGGGUGGAGGCGCGGCCGGACCAGUUCAUCCGGUACGACUACCCGGUGGAGCUGCGCAAGUCGCGGGCGCUGAUGGCCGAGUACCUGCACGCGCCGGUCGAGGCCGUCGUCUUCGUGCCGAACGCGACGACGGGCGUCAACACGGUGCUGCGCAACCUUGUCUUCGCCGACGGCGAGGUCAUCGUCUACUUCGCCACCAUCUACGGCGCCUGCGAGAACACGGUCAGGUACAUAUGCGAGACGACGCCCGCCCGCGCCGCCCGCGUCGAGUACACCUUCCCGGUCGAGGACGACGACCUGGUGGGCCGCUUCCGUGAUGUUGUCGCCGCCGAGACCAAGGCCGGCCGUAAGGUCAAGGUCGCCAUCUUCGACACCGUUGUGUCCAUGCCCGGCGUCAGAUUUCCGUUCGAGAAGCUGACCCAGGCUUGUCGUGAGCUCGGGGUGCUGAGUCUGGUCGAUGGCGCCCACGGCGUCGGACAGGUUGAUCUGAACCUUAGCGAAUUGGAUCCUGAUUUCUUCGUGAGCAAUUGCCACAAAUGGCUCUUCACCCCCCGCCCCAGCGCCGUCUUCUACGUCCCCGUGCGCAACCAACACCUCAUGCGCUCCACCCUCCCCACCUCCCACGGCUUCGUACCCCUCCCGGACCCGGACGCAGCCGGGGAAGAACCCUACAUCAACCCUCUCCCGCCAUCCGGCGAAUCCGCCUUCGAAGGCAACUUCGCCUUCACCGCCACGCUCGACAACUCGCCGCUCCUCUGCGUCAGCGCCGCGCUGGCCUACCGGCAGUCGCUGGGCGGCGAAGCCGCCAUCCGCACCUACUGCGAGACGCUGGCGCGCGACGGCGGCGCGCGCGUGGCGGCGCUGCUCGGCACCGAGGUGCUCGACAACGCCACGCGCACCAUGGGCCGCUGCUUCUUCGCCAACGUGCGCCUGCCGCUCGCGCUGGCCGUGUGCGAGGAGGCGGCGGCCGCCGCGGCGCCACAGCGCGAGCGCGAGGGCAAGAGGGCCAUCGCCAAGGCAGAGGUGCCCGCGCUCGUCAAGAACUGGGCCGCUCGCACCAUGGUGAAAGAUUACGGCGGCUUCCAGGCGCUGAUCGAGUACGGCGGCGGGUGGUGGGCGCGCUUGAGCGCUAUGGUGUAUUUGGAGAUGGCCGACUUUGAGUGGGCGGCUGGCGUGCUCAAGAAGGUUUGCGAGAGGGCGGAGCGGGGGGAGUGGAUGGAUUAG